GUCAGUUAUAUUGGAUAUCUAUGUGAAAUAUAUAUGAUCUCUAUGUGAUAAAUAUCGAGAUGUUUUCCGAUUGUUUUGGAAAGAAAAGUCAUGGGGUUUCGACCUCGGAUAAAAUCACUGAAGUUGCCUCCACUUCUAAAGUGGGGGGGAAGUGUUUGAUUGAACCUCUGGAGGAAGAUCUGCUCCGAGGAGGAAAGAGCAAAUCGAUCCGGAUGUUGGAGAGAGCGAUCCUCGCCGCAAGGAAGAGCGGUCUCCUUUCGGAGUCCGUUGUUUAUGCUGAAGAACAAAGAAGAUUACUCCAGUGGAAGAUAGUAACCUCCCGACUCUCCAAAUCCACCGCAUCCAUAAAUGAGGAUCGGAUCAGAUCAGGGAUCGUGGAGUUCAAGAAGUUCAACCUCCAGGAUGAGGAUGGAGUUCUAGGAAGAGCAGAGAAGAUCUUAGAAUUUAUCCAAGUCCGGAAAAUGUUGAAAGUUGCGAUUGUUCGUCAAAACAUUGAGGAUCUCCAUCUUGCUCUUCAUCAUUGUGAGGAUUGGAUCAACAAGGAUGAAGAUGUUGGGGAUGAAGUCCGCUCUACGCUCCUGGAUGCGAGGGAGGAGGCAAGAUCAGUGAUCCGGAUGUUAGAAGAAGAGCAGAUGAUGAUAAAAAGGAACCCCAACUUUCCUAAAGAGGAACUUGUGGCAGCGAUUGAUGCGAGGAACAUCCGGAUGUUGGAGACAUCAAUAAGAAGAUGGGAGCGUCUUCAACUUGAUCCCGAUGCAUCAGAUUAUAGAUGCGGUCUUCGUGUCCUUGGGCAAUUGAUUGAGCUUCAACGCUUGGUUGCCGUGCAAGGGUUGGAAGAAGGGUUGAAGGAGAGGGAUGGGGGGAAGGUUAAAGAGAAUAUUCAACUUGGAAAGGAAGCAGGUUUACCUUCAAAAGUUUUGGAUUUCUAUGCUGAUAAAGUUUUGCCUGUGAUGUCAUCAUUGCGACCGGCGAUGCGUGACCUUGUUUUGCUGAUUCAGCAAAAAAACUUUAAGGAUUUGGUUGAAAAAGUUGCUGUGUAUGCAAAGUUGGAAAGUUCUCUCAAUGAUGAUGUCAUAGUUAAUGAUGUCAUCAAGUGUGAUGUCAUCAGAAAUCCAAGCCUAGAUUAUGAGUAUGAUGAUGUCAUCGAAAAUGCAAAAGCGGGAAUGACAUCAUUCAACAAAGAAGUCCGAGACGUGAUGACAUCAUCAAAACAAAUCGCCCAAGCAUAUUCGCUGAAGCAUGAAGCACAGGAAGCCAUGCGGAACCAACUGAUUAAGUUUAACGAGGAAUUGUUGAAGAUAGCGGAGGAAUAUUCAUCCAAUCUUCCGGACCCUUUAGGGAACAGAGCAUCACCCAGAGAAGAUCUGAUUCGGGAUUUGAAUCCCUUCCUCCAGGAGCAUGAGGGAUCACUUGGGAGGAUGAUUGAUGCGGUAAGAUCUUCCCAACGAUCCUUCGAUGUUUGCAGGAAGCAAAACGAAGGUCGGAUCUCAGGACGAAGGGCCUCGUGCACGGGAGCGCUUGAUCUUGGUGAUCUGAACAUCCUUAAUGAAGGAGAAGCAAUCCUUGGGGUUAUAAGGAGGUGCGUUGAUGUUUCCUCCGCUGAGAAGUCUCUCUCGCUCUUCCAUGAUGCUCCUUCAAGUCCUCGGGAUAUCUCGGAGGUUGGGAACGCAUUAGGACACAUUGAGAGGAGCUUGGAGAUCCUCACAACAUCCGAGUUGUAUAAAUCCUCCGACGAUCUGUUUAUUGAUCUUUGUUAUAAUAGACCUCCAGAAGCGGACAUGCUGAGAAUAAAUCGGGAGGAAGAUGAUCUUCUUAACCAAAUCCUCGCAUCCCUGGAAGUCAUCUUCCCGAUUAAAGUCAUCCUGAAGAUGAAGAAGAGUGCCGAACUCCGGUUAGCCGAGCUGAGACUUCAUUUUGCGGACUUGGAGGCGGAGAGUAACAGUGUAAGGUACGAGCUGGGUGUCGCGAUAAACUCCGGAUCGGAGUCGGAUAUUAUGAGAGCGCUCAAGUCAUCCGCUGGUCGUCUGCAUCCACACGAUGUCACUGUUCGUGAGGCGGAAGAGAAACUCGCACAUAUUCGGAGUGAGAAACAAAAAUGUCGUGAAACACUGCUGCGGGCAACACUGGAGAAAAGUAAGGAUGGGUUGGAGGCGGCGCUGCUUAGAGCAGAUGAGAUCUAUGUUGCUCCCUGUGAGGUGGUGGUGGUGAACGCGCAGAGGGAAUUAAUGAAAAUAAAGUUCGAUCUAAAGAGGAAAAAAGAAGCUCUUGGAAGACUUACUGAUGCUGUGGAAUCAAAAGAUGCGGAUACGGUGAGAUCAGCGCUCUCGCAUGCUAAUGUUUGUCAAGUAUUCCUGAAUGAUCCGGUGAUGGUUGCAGCACGAAGGGUGCUGGAUGGGGUAGAAGAGAAAAAGAAGAAGAAGGCAAAAGAGGUUGGUGAUGAAAUGAAGAGAAUUGAAGAAGAAGUGUCAAGGAAUCUUGAAAAUUCAAAGUUUUUGUUAAAAAAAUGUAAAUUCCCGCAAUCGAAAUUGUUUUUAUCGAAGUUUCUCCUAAAGAAUGGAGCUGGGUCAGAUUUUAGUCAAAUAUUAAUCGAGGGAAUGUCGGAAUAUCUGGAGGCUGUUGCUCGUGAUGUAGAGGAGGGGAGGAUUACUAAGAGAGUCUAUGAAGACCUCCGGGGUGCUCUGGAGGAUGUGGGGAAGAUCGGAGUUCCUCCGGAUGUUGUGAGGAGAGCUGAGGGAGCGCUGAUGAAGAUCAACGAGAAGCGAGCGAAGAUGGUGAGUCUGAGGAGCAAGUUGGAGGUUGCGGUCGCAUCGGACUCUUUGGAGGAUCUCGCAUCAAUCAUUGUCAGUGCGGAGGCAUCAGGUGUGUUGGAUUUCGAUGUCGAUGAUAAAGUUGAUGAGGGGUAUGAGCUUCUUGCAAGGGCGAGGGAAAAGUUUGCAUUUCUGAAGGCGGAGAGGAGGUGGGAGGGGGAGGAGAAGAUGAAGAGGAGAGUUUCCUCUGCUAGGAAGAGUUUGAAGAGAGCGAUGAUGAAUGAGAAGGAGCCGGGAAGUCUUCGGGAGGCGGUAGAGGUCUUCAGGAUGGUUUGCCAGCCAUUAGAGGGGGGUAAAGAGGGAGAAGUGGAGAGGGUUGAUGUUGUGAAUGAAAUUAAAGACAAAAAUGAUCAAAAUAAACCAAGAAAUGGAUUAAUCCACAGAGCAAAGACACCAUCGCUCAGGUUGAAACAAAUUGAGUCAAAUGUCCGAUAUUUUCCACAAAUUUCCGAAAAAGAACCGAAAAAAAGGAUGAAGAGGCCAGCGACUGCGAUCUCUAGGAUUAAAACCCCGUCUCCUCCGCUCCCAAGGAUUGUCUGGGGAGGAGAGAGGAACCUCCAGCUCCUGAGGAAAGCUGAGAAGAACCUGAGGAGGUUGGAGGAGGAGGAGCAGGAGAGAAUGGUGGAGGAGGAGAGUAAAGUGAUGUGGAGGAAGAUGAAGAUCAACUUGGAGGAGAAUCUGAGAGUUUCGAUGAAGUUUGGAGAUAGAGCUGACAUGUGGCGAGCAGUGCAUGAGUUCACUCGUUACAUUGGUGAGGAAUCAUUAAAUCAAAAUGAACUUAAGCUUUUAAACGAAGCUCGGACAAACUUAAAACUUGUCACAAUCGAACAAUAUAAAGAAAAUCUCACCAAUGCUAUUAAACAGCGGAACAUAGAUAUCUUGGAAAAUAUUUUAUACCAGAUCGAAAAUGAAUCCGAAGAAUUUCUUCCGAACCAAAACCUCGACAAUAAGUUCUAUGCCGAUGUCACGAAAGGGCACCAAGUGCUUUCCCAUCUCUGCCAGUUAAAGAAGUUCCGAACAGCCGUGAUGUGCAUGACACGCUCUCUAGUGUCCGAAAUAACCAGCUACCCUUCACCACCGGGUGCCGUUAGAGCAGUCAUGGCCGCAACCUAUCUUUUAUUAGGGGAGGAUGAAAAAACUAUUAAAUCGUGGUCAUCCUUACAUAGCUUGAUGGGGAAGCUCGGUCGAGAAUCGCUGACUCGCCGUGUUGCUCAUUGUGACUCAACAAAUAUUUCGCUACAAGUUGCCCAGAAAUCAUGGGCGUUAGUUUCCGAUUUAAACUUUGAUAAAGUGAAAGCCACCAACCCUGGAGCGAGCACCUUUUAUGCGUGGGUGACAUGCAUGGUGAAUGAAAUAUACAGUCGAAACGGAAUCGAAAUUCCGACCAAUGAGAAAAAGACUCUGCCUCGAAGAUUCCCUUCGAGAAAAAUGACAAAAAAACUGAACACGGAGUUUUGGCAGCGCAUAGCACGGCCCCAUAAACCACUUGAAAAUAGAAAUAACAUAAAUCGCAAAAGUAAACGGGUUUUGAAACGACCAAGAACUGCCUGCAUAUAACAUGUUUAUGUUUCUAAAUCUUAUUUUUUGUAAAUUAUUACAAUUUUUUUUACUUGACUAUUUGAUCAUAUUAAUGCAAAAUAUUAUUUCUACUAAAUGCAUUGGUAGCAUU